AUGUCCAAGGUGCUGGAGCAACUUAUUGCGCGUGGGCGCCGUGAGCGUAGCCCUACGGACCAGCGAGAUGUGGCAUUUGGUCUAGCAAAUAUUUCAACAAACGCUGAGCUGCACGAAAAAAUGGUUUCUAAGGGUGUUGUGAAUGCCUUGUUGACACUAAUCCUUCAAUCUAGUGACUCCGAAGCGCUCCGUCUCGCUUGUCUGUGUUUGGCAAAUGUAGCAUCGAGUCCAGCAAGUCGCAUUCGAAUUGUUGAAGAGGGCGCGCUACCUCCACUCGUAAACUUUUUCAAAGAUGAUGACAACAAAAAUGAUACAGUCGCGAAACAAUACAUAGCAAUGGCAAUCGGCAAUCUGGCAGCUGAACCCGAAAACCAUGAAGAGAUUGUACAACUAGGCACGAUCGAACCGUUGGUAAAGCUACUUGACCCAGAGAUUGUCCAUUCAGGUGUUUAUUGUGCGUUUGCACUGGCGAACUUGUCCGUAAAUAAUGAUUAUCGAUCAUUAAUUGUCGACGGGGGUGCUGUUCCACGUCUCAUUGCACUGGCAUGCUGCAGAGAGCUCAGUGCACAGAGGCAAUCUCUCUCCUGUCUUCGAGGUAUAUGCAUAUCACCGAUUAAUCGGGUCAUUGUGGUAAAAGAAGGCAUACUGGAUCCUUUGGUGCUUAUGGCACGCUCAGACGAGUCUGACAUCAAGCGUGAAGUUGCAGCAGCUUUCUGUGCUCUCUCUGCUACCCCCGAAAACAAAGUUGAAAUCUCAGAUCGGGCGCUUCUGACUAUAAUCUCGUUAUCGCUUUCGGGUGAUCCGGCUGUUGAGGAGCACGCAUGCGGUACGAUUGCUAAUUUGAUGGAGCUGCACGAGCUUCAUGAUAAGCUUUUGCGCGAGAACGGUUUAGCAUCGAUUAUGGCGUUGGCAGUGGACCAAGAUCUCAGUACACGCUGCGAAGCAUGCCGUUGUCUUGCCAAUCUCACAGCGAAUGAAGAAGUACAACCCACACUGAUGAAAGAAGGAGUCCUUCACCCGCUCGCUGCAGCGCUAGUUUUGAAUCAUCACGUUUGCCAACGCUACGCUGCGUUGGCCUUAGCAAAUCUAAGCACAACGGCGAGCUACCAAGUUCAGAUCGUUGGACUGGGAACGAUUACUCCGUUGAUCACGCUUGCCCAAGCUUUUGAUCGCGAGCUUGAAGCUCGACGAUAUGCCGUGCUCGCUCUAGCAAACCUGGCUGCAAUGAAAGCUAAUCAUUCAGCGCUAGUUGACGCUGGAUGUCUUGUGUCAUUGUUCUCACUGGCGAGUACGGCUGAUGCCCUGAGUCAAUAUUAUGUAGCGUUUGCUUUGGCAAAUUUUGCAUCAAACGAGCACAAUCACACACGUAUGGUUGAGGAAGGAGGGCUUCAACCCAUUAUUACUCUUGCAUGUUCGGAAGACACUGACGUGCAUCAUCAUGCUGUUGCUGCUAUACGUGGGCUGGGGGCGAGUGAAGCGAAUAAAGUAAAAAUUAUCCAGGAAGGUGGGCUGGAGCCUCUUGUGCUCUUACUUCAGUCUAGUGAUCUGGAAAUUCUGCGCGAGGCGAGUGCAGCCCUGUGCAAUUUGUCUGCAAGUGAUGAGACCAAGUAUGAAAUUGCGAAAAGCGGUGCUGUGACCUUAUUGAUUGUGCAUUCUCAGUCCGAAGAUAUGGAGCUUGCCCGACAGUGUUGUGCUACACUGGCCAAUCUUGCCGAAGUUGAAGAAAAUCAAGACAAAAUUUGCUCUGAUGGAGGAGUUCCACCUUUAAUUGUUACGAUGCGCUCUCAAUUUGUGGAGGUACAACGUGAAGCUGGUCGUGCCUUAGGAAACCUCUCCGCCUUUCGCUCAAAUCACGAUGACAUCGUCGAGCAUGGUGGACAUCAGCUGCUGAUAUCGUACCUGUUGUCACCCGAUAUGGCCUCGCAGCGUGUUGGAGCACUAGGCAUUUGCAACUUGGCUACAAACUCAGCUUUGCGUGAAGUGCUUAUGGAUCGUGGAGCCAUGGAGCCUCUUAUGUCUCUCGCACGGUCCGAGGAUGUGGAGCUAGAGAUACAGCGGUUUGCAACUUUGGCUAUCGCAAAUCUGGCUUCUUGUGUCGAAAAUCAUCGGGCCAUUGUUGAAGAAGGCUCGUUGCCGCUGCUUAUCUCGCUGUCAAGUGCACCUGAUGAGGAGGUACGCCAGUAUGCAGCAUUCGCGCUCGUAAAAGUCGCAAUGAAUGCCGAUCUGCGCAAGCAGAUAACCGACGAGGGUGGUCUUGAGCCUGUGCUGUUUCUGGCGCGUACCGAGAGUACCGAUCUACAAGCUGAUAUUAUACCUGCAAUCUGCACUUUGUCGUUCGCGGAUGCCAACAAAUCUGAUAUCUGUAAGUGUGGUGGCUUGCCACCAAUCCUAUCUGCACUUGCAAGUAUCGAUGUGAGUCUUCGACGGCAAGCUCUUUGUACAGUAGCAAAUUUAUCCGAAGACGUGGAAAACCAAAGUUAUCUUGUAGCGAACGGUGCUAUUUCUCCAAUUGUGGAUGCAAUGCAGCAGGGAGAAAUUUUCGCACAGCGAGAAGCAGCUCGUGCUUUGGGUAACUUGUCGGCUAAUUGUGACUUUGGCAAGACAAUUUUGAAUCAAGGUGCAGCUGCACCACUCAUACUUCUUUUAGGAAGUGAUGUGGUAGAUUGUCAGCGCAUGUCAGCGAUGGCACUUUGCAAUCUCGGAACAAGCAUGAAUAACCAAAUCAAGCUGCUCGAUCAAGGCAUUCUUCCUCCUGUUCUAGCGCGCCUAGAAGAAGCGUUAGAUCCGCGCUCAUUGGCAGAUAAUGAUGUUGUUCGUUACUGUCUUCUAGUGCUAGCUAACUUAGCCGUCUCGCCGUCUACCCACGAAGUGUUGUUGGAUAAAGCGUUGCUUUAUCUUGCUGGCUAUGCUAAACAUCGUGAUGUAAAAUGUCGCCAGUUUGCUAUGUUCGCAGUGGGUAAUCUGUGCAGCAAUCUAAACAAUAUUGAACGUAUUGUGGCAGCCAACUUUCUACAAUCAAUCAUUUCUUCCUGUUUUCCAGGAGAUCCUAACGUGCAGUUCCAGGCCAUUGCUGCGCUUCGUGGGCUUUCAGUUAAUCAAGUUGUUCGUCAUCAGAUUGUGCAGUUUGGUGCUUUGGAGCCACUUAUUCUAGCAGGCUCGAGCGAAAGUAUUGAAGUGCAGCGAGAAGUAUCAGCAACGCUUUCAAAUUUGUCGUUGAGUGAAGAAAAUAAAAUCACAAUGACACGUGGUGGAUGUCUAUCGACACUGAUAGCUUUGGCGAGUAGUCGAGACUCGUACCGUGAGCGACAAGCUGUCUGCGCUCUGGCAAACUUGGCAGAAAUGAUUGAAGGAGAUACGCAUAAAAAAAUGCUGGGUGAAGGAGUGUUAACACUUUUGUACUCAUUAGCAUCAAGUGUUGAUUUGGAAGUAAAGCGCCAAGUUUCUCGCUGCAUCGCCUUGUUUGCAGCGAAACCAUCGAGUCAAGUUGCUCUUUUGCGCAGCAACGCAUUGCGCUAUAUCGGAACCUUUGCUCAAGAGACCGAAGAUGCUGUGUGUAGACGGUUUGGAACAUUAGCCAUCGGAAAUCUUGCAGUGAACCAUAAGAAUCACCGUGAUUUGUUUGACGAAGGUGCUGUGACAGCGCUUAUGACCGUCGAUAAGGCUAAAGAUCUUGAGACUCGUCGUGCCCUUGCUUUUGCUUUGAACAACUUGGCGGCUAACGAAGGCAACAAUGUCCAGAUUUCAAAGCUAGGGGUGCUGCGGACUGUAAUCGCACUGCUGCACGAUGCUGAUGAGGACACACAUUUGCAAGCAUGCUUUGCAAUGAGAAGAAUGGUUGUUGAAGCGAGAAAUCGUAUUCAAGCUGUAGCAAAUGGGGCUCUUCGUUUACUGUUAAAGUUAGCACUUUCUGAAAAUGUCGAGGUGCAACGUGAGGUUUGUGCUACGUUAAGGAAUUUAUCUCUAAGUGAAGAUAUAAAGAUAGCUAUCGUACGUGACGGCGGUCUAUCCCCUCUACUGACAUUGAUUCACUCAGCGGACGGAGAAGUGGCUCAUCAGGCGUGUGGUGUCCUCGCUAAUUUGGCCGAAGUGGUAGAAAACCAAGGGCGUAUGGUGAAAGAUGGAGUUUUACAGCACGUUAAGUUCAUGCUACGUGCAAAGAGCGUGGAAGUACAGCGUGAAGCACUCCGAACUAUAGCAAACAUGUCUGCAGAGUAUGCUUAUACUACUGACAUCAUUUCGGGUGGUGGUCUGACACCGCUGAUGGCUGCAUUGAAUACGCCAGACGUUUUGAGUCAGCGAUAUGCAGCCAUGGGCAUCGCGAAUCUUUCCUCAAAUGCUGAUAAUAUCCCCACGAUCGUACAUGAUGCAUUUGUACCAUUGUUAGUGGCGCUUGCAAAUGGAUCACUUAAUGGAGAUUUAGAUACUCAGAGGUACGCUGUCUUCGCCUUAGUUAACGUCGCCAGUGUGCGUGCUACUCAAAGCAUUCUUGUUGAUGCUGGCGCACUGUCCAUGUUUGCACAAAUGCUUCAGCAUGCUGACUUGACUUUAAGAAAUGGGGCGGCAUUCGGUAUCGCUAACUUUACGGCAUUUUCUGAAAAUCACACUGGUCUUCUUGAGCUUGGAGAUGACUUUCUAGGCUCAUUGCAGCAUCUACUCGAGUCCCAAGACUCGAAGUGCCGGUACCAUGCUGUUUGUGCAUUGCGUGGUUUGUGCGUAAACGAAACAGCACGACGCAAAUUUGUUCGUCGUGGUGUCUUGCGACCACUUUUAGCCUUAACGAAGUCUGAAGAUUUGGAUGUCCAGCAAGAAGUGUUGGCGUGCUUGUGCAAUUUGUCUCUAAGUGGUUGUGUUGGUGCAGAGCCUGAGGUUCUCAUUGCUGCCUUUGAAAUGCAGACACUUGUGGCGUUCUUAUGCUCGGCCGAUGCCACCUAUCGACUAUUUGGAGCCGUCACGCUGAGUAACAUUGCCGCAAGUAGCCAAUAUCAAGGCGAAUUAGUUGCAGCUGGUGCGGUGUCUCCUCUCGUCAAGAUAGCUAAUCAUGUGGACCUAGAAACUCAUCGCUGCAUUGCUUUUGCUUUGUGCAAUCUCGCAGCAAAUCCAUCACACCGAGAAUUGGUCGAAGCUAUGGGUGGGCUACCUUGUAUCAUUCAGUUAGCUUGUUCUGACGAUGCGAGCGAUCAGAAGGUGGCCAUUGCUGCCCUUCGUGGACUAUCAAAUCGAUCGGAGACACGAAUACGCAUUGUUUCAGAGGGUGGACUAGAGCCUUUGGUGCUUGGAGCACACUCAUCUGACGUACAGCUUCAACGUGAGGUGUGCAUGACGGCGUACAACUUGUCAUUCGCAGAGAAGAAUAAAUGUGUCAUUGCUGCUUCCCCAUUACUAGAUGCCUUAAUCACAAUGAUGCUGUCAACCGACGAGCAUACAGCAACGUUUGCAAGCGCUAGUGUCGCUAACAUAGCGGAAAACUUCGAUACUCAUUCGGUCAUUGCUGAGCAGCGUGACUUACGUAUAAUUCUGCAAGUUGAUGCUCAGAAUAUUCCUGCGUGUGUAGCGCGUGAAGUUAUAAAGUGUGUGGCAAAUUUUUCUUCAAAUUUUGCGUUCCAUGAUAUGUUACAAGCGGAUGGCUGUCAAAGCUUUCUCAAUCAAGCAAUCCAGCACACAGACCCUAACAUUCGGCUUUUUAGCGUUAUCUGUCUUAGCAAUCUCGUUUCGAAUCCGCUAAAUCAUUCGAAAGUGGUGCGUGAGAACAUUGUAUUGCCCUUGAUAGCGCUCGCUGUAGACAAGGAUCACUCUGAGCCUCGGCAAUUCGCACUGCUUGCACUAGGCUGCAUCUUUACCAACAAUGCUAAUCACAAAGUAUUUCUAGAUCACGGAGUUGUACCAGCACUUAUUGAAGCGCUCGACUCAGUGAAUAGCCUUGAAAUGCGCUUCUAUGCUGCAUUUGCACUGGGCAAGAUAGCGACCAAUGAGUUUCUCCACGAAAUCAUCUGCAAACUUAGCAACAGCGGUGAGUCUCUUAUCGGGCUCGCACUUGACGCGAAUGAAGCAAACAAUUCUAGUACGCAGUGCCAUGCUAUAUCAGUGCUACGCCGCAUCGCGCGCUUGGAUGUGAAUCAAAAUUUAAUGGUUGUUAAGCAUUUCGAGGCUCUUGCGGCCGUGCUACUGGCCUGUGCUCAACACUCAAACCUAUUGGAAAAUCAGCGAGAAGCGGCAGCAUGCCUGUGUCAUUUAAGUCUUGCACGAGGCAACAAACUUAUCCUUGCGAGUGGUUCAGUUGCACUUUUCCAGCAAUUAUUUGUUUUGUGUUUGUCCUCUGAUAUCGAAGUUGCUCGAAAUGCUUGCGGAGCUGCUGCCAACAUUGCAGAAGAUAUGUGUACGCAUGAAUACAUGAUCGAUGUUCAUGCAGUACGUGUGGGAGUAAAAGCAAUGCGAAGUAGACAUCUUCCAGUGUACAGAGAAGCAUCUAGACUGAUUACAAAUCUCAUGAGUACGCCUGAAUUUCAUGCAGUUUUUAUUAACGAAAAAGGACUUGCCGUUGUAACUAGAGUUGCUAAGGUAGACGACCAGGAGUGUCAAUACAAUCUCGCACUAGCACUGCACAAGCUCUCACUUAAUUUUGACAUUCAUCAAGUUCUGCUGAGUAGUGGCUCCGUCCCAACUUUGCAUAUGCUUCUUGGGAAUUUGAAGUGGGAGGUGCAGUGUCAAGCAGCGGCUGCAUUGAAGUCGCUGGUUGCAAAUAAGAUGUUCAAGCCCACACUGGCAGAAGAUGGUGGCACAGUACUGGCGCUUAUUUCUCUUUUGCAUAGUUCCGACUUGACACUUAAAACUAUGGGUGCAGCAGGUGUGCGGCAUCUGUCGCUCGAUGCUUCUGUCAAGACACAGCUCGUUCGUGACGGUGUUCUUCCACCCCUUUUUAGCUGUUGCAGUAUCGAAGACGAUGAUGUCAGAAUUCAGUGUGCUAGAGCAUUGGCUGCGCUGAGUGAGAAUGUUCAGAACCAGGUGCAAAUGGUGCGCGAAGGUGUUUUUCCAGCCCUCUUGGAUCUUAUGAAGGCUAGUUGUCAUUUCGAGAUUGCGCGUCAUACGAGUCGCACAUUUGUUAAUUUGUCCAGCAAUCCUGAAAAUCAUAUUGGCGUAUUUUCGCUUCAGGAAUUUCGUGCCGUAAUCAAUCUUGCACAGAUUAAAGAAGAGUUUUGUGGACGUGAUGCAGCGAUGUGUCUGGGCAAUUUGGCAGUGACGUCGCACAACCAGUACCAGAUUGCCGAGCUUGGAGGUCUCGUCCCGCUGACCGAUCUAUUAAGAAGCGAGUUUACGUCUACACGGCAGUAUGCAGCGCGUGCUAUCUAUCGACUUAGUUCUCAUACUGAGAAUCAGGAACGUAUUGUAGAUGCCGGUGCUUUGCCUGCUCUUGUCGCUCGACUAGAUGAAACGCAAGAUCAUGACAUUCAGCGAUGCGCAGCCAUGGCUUUGUGUAACUUAUCAACAAACUCGAACAUUGAGCAAAAAAUUGUGAAGGCUGGUGCAUUAGGAAUGCUUGUCGCUUUAUUGCAGUCACCUAGCAUCGAGUGUGCAAAGUGUGGGGCCAUGGCCCUAUGCAACUUGACAGCUUAUCCGGUCAACCAACUACAUCUUGUAGCGCAACAUGAUAGUCUCGAUCAGCUUAUAAAACUUGCAGGCUCCAGCGACCUUGAGUGCUGUCGAUAUGCUAGUAUGGCUCUCGCAAAUAUUUCAGCACAUCGUCAGAAUCGAAAUGUCGUCGUGGAGCGCCAUGCACUCCAACCACUUCAAGUGAUGUGUUUGUCACGAAGUCUAGAGUGUCAGCGUAGUGCGGUGUUGACGCUAUACAACGUGUCGUGUGCAGCCAACAACCAGAAAAGUAUUAUUGAAAUGGGCAUCGAGGCAGCUCUUGUUAAAUUUGCGGGAGCGAAGGACAGAGAUUGCAAAUGCUACGCCAUAAUGACGCUUUGCAACUUAGCAGCGAACGGUGACACACGAUUAGCUGCAGCACGCGGUGGAGGAUUGCAAGCACUAAUAAUUGCUGCAAAAGAUCCGAUUGAUCCAGCUAUCGGUCGAUACGCAUGUAUUGCGUUAUGUAAUCUAGCGUGUGACUCGCUUUUACAGAUUCAGAUACUUGUUCAUGGCGGCCUUACUCCAAUACUAUCGUUAGCGAACGAUGAAGACGACAUAGAGAGUCAGCGGUUUGCAAUAAUGGCGCUAUCAAAUUUGGCAGCAAAUGAGAACAAUCAUAACCACAUGAUUGAACGAGGCGUGCUGCAAGUCGUGUUUCGGCUUGGUCAGUCGAAAAGUGAGGAUAUUCGACUCUAUGCAGCCUUCGCACUGGCAAAUUUUGCAGGUAACCCGGCACAAUGUGCCGCUAUUGGCAAUGAGGGGGGCAUUGCAGCUCUUAUAAUGUUAGCGUACGCAGAGGACUCUAACGCGCACACACUGGCAGUAGCAGCACUGCGUCGUUUGUGUCAGUUCUCAGCUGAAAACCGCGGACGGAUCGUACGGGGAGGCGGUCUACCUCCUUUAAGAAUUGCAGGUUUGUCGAAAGAGCUAGAGACGCAGCGAGAAGUCGCAGCUGCGUAUUGCAAUAUGUCCUUAAGCGAUGAGUACAAGGUGGAAAUUGUCGAGCAAGGAGCUCUUCGUCCACUGAUCAAGCUGACUCAGUCGCCUGAUGUUGAAGUAGCAAGGCAAGCAUGUGGAGCACUUGCGAAUCUCGCUGAGCAUCUUGAUACGCACUCUUGUUUUGUGGCGGAGCGUUGUGGUGGCUUUUUAAAUGCUCUUGUGAAUAAUCAACAUGAAGAUGUUCACAGAGAGGCAUCGCGAACUGUGGCAAACUUGCUGUCAAGCUUCGAGCACCAUCCCGAUCUGAUUGCAGAUGGCCUUCCUGGCCUGAUUCAUCUUGGCUUGUCAUCGGAUGCCGAAUGCCAGUAUAAUGCAGCACUAGCACUACGAAAACUUGCGCCAAAUUUUGCAAGCCAUCGUAGCAUAGUACAUGAAGGUGGUCUUAAGACGCUUUUCUUUCUACUGCAUGUUAAAGAGCUGAACACGCGUCGUCAAAGUGUUCUGGCGUUGCGUGAUCUGGCAAGUAACAGCGAAUUUCGACGACAGUACGCUGAGGAAGGGGGGAUUUCUUCCCUAAUCACAUUCUUACGAAAUGUGGAAGCCCCUUUACAAGCCCCUGCAAUUGCAGCUUUGCGACAUUUAACAUCGUCAGCCUCUCAUCCAGAAAUUAAGCAGCAAGUCGUGGAGGAUGAGGUUUUGAAGCCAAUUUUACGCUGUCUGACCACGAAACCUGGCGCAACGGAUCUUCGAGAUUUACAGUGUCAAUGUGCUGGAUUAAUCGCAAACUUAUCCGAGCACCCUGCAAACCAGCAGAGAAUUGUGGCUGAAGGCUUGACAAGUGCACUGGUUGUGUUGGCCAAAGUUUGUCACGAUGUUGCUGAGAUUCAACAAGAUGUCAGUCGCGCAUUGGCAAAUAUCUGCUCGAGCGAGCAAAGUCACCAACUUGUAUACAAACAAGGUGCUUUGUUGAGCCUCAUUGAACUGACUGAUUCGACAAAUGACGUCACUCAACGAUACGCAGCAAUGGGUUUGCGUUUUUUGUCUGCGAAUCCAGCAAUUCGUGGUCGUAUCAUUAAAGAGUCACUUCUGCGGCCGUUUGUUAUGCUGGCACAGAGCCCACUUAUCGAUUAUCAGCGAACUGCAGCUGCAGCUUUCUCUAGCUUUUCCUUACAAGAAGAAAACAAGCUUAAACUUGUGCGGGAUGGAGGCCUGGCACAAAUUCUCCGUUGCUGUACUUACAACGAUCUGGAAGUCAAACGAGAUUGUGUUUUCGCUCUCGCGAAUGUGGCGGAUUCGAUCGAGCAUCAAGCAGACGUUGUGCGCGAAGGGGCGAUCUCGACCGUGAUCAGUAUUGGUGCUCACGAUGAUGCACGAGUGCAACGAGACUGCGCGAGAGUGUUUGCCUCCUUGUCCAUCACAAACUCGAUUAAAUCGGAGCUGGUGCUUCAGGGAGCGCUGCCAUCUUUGAUACGUCUCACAAGGUCCCUGGAUAUAGCAACACAGCGAUUUGCAACGUUAGCCAUAUGCAACGUAGCUUCAUCGAGUAACGACAAGGCCCAAAUCGUCGAGCAAGGUGCUAUUCGUCCACUUACACAUCUCAUCCGAUAUCCAGAUGCGUCCAUUCAGCGAUACGCAGCAUUGGCUUUGGCUGCUCUAGCUCUCGGGGGAAUGGGUGACAACAAGCUACGGAUGAUGGAGCACGGUGCCGUGCCACCGCUGAUUGAUUUGCUUCGGUAUCCUAGUACCGAUGUCCAGCUUUGUGGCUGCUUGGCUCUCAACGCUCUCACAUUGGGAAAACAGAGUAUGACGAAGAUGUCAGUUAUGCAAAGUGGCGGGCUACUUCCUCUGCUUGCUUUACUUGCAUCAACCGAUAAGGAAUGCGUUCACUUUGCACUCUACUGUCUUGGAUCUUUGGCGGAGAGUAAAGAUGUGCUGCAAAAACUGAUUGAGCUGGGAAUUCUUGCUCACGUUAUAGCUUUGUCGACUUGUGGAGAUACAGCGACGAUGAGGAAUUGUGGAUAUAUUCUCGCGCUGAUAGUGGAGCAGCAGACAGAUUUCCAUGACGUUCUGUUUCGUGAAGGUGGUCUCGAUGCAUCUAUCUCACUGGCUUGUGUCGAAGAUAUGGAAUGUCAGGAGUAUGCAACGUUCAUCUUAGCUCAUCUGGCGUCCAAUCGAGACUAUCAGGUUCGUCUUGUCGAGCGUGGCGUGUUGCGACCGCUCAUUGCUAUCAUGUCGGUGCAUGCCGAGCCGCGUCAUUACGCUGGACUUGCGCUUCUCAAAUUAGCUGAUAAUUAUGAAAAUCAUCUGCGUAUUGCUGAGGAAGGAGGGAUUCAAGCUCUAUUGCGUAUUGCUCGAGCGAGAUCCACGGAUGAGGAGCUUCAGUAUAAGGCGUCCUUGAGUCUGGGUCAAUUGGCUAGUAAUGCAACUCGGUCAUUAUCUGAGCAUACGACUUUAAAGGCUAAAGACGCUGUCAUCGGUACUAGUGUCAAUAAGAUGGCUCAGAUCACACAAGCGGUAGCUGCCAAGAAAGCUGCCAAAGACAAGACUUUACAGUAUCUUGGCGAUAAAGUUUCCAGCGAGUCAAUCAAGUCAUCAUUGCGCGUUGACGAGGAACUGGGAGCUAUGCUACAGGCAAAAACGGGUGCUAUCCAUUUCGAGAAUGCUGAGGAUAAAGCGACGUAUUGCAACAGCGCGAAAGGGUCAAAAAUCAAGCAGCCAGAAGUAAAAAUUUUAGAUCGACAUCGUUUACCGACAUCGGGAACUGGUGGCAAUAUGAAUGAUUCGCGAGAAAAAAAAGUUCAUACAGCACACAGUGUGCAGUCUCUAGCCAGCGAUAUGAGAAGAAUUCGAUCCAUGCGGACGGAAGUGGAGCCAGCAAUUGAGGAAGGAGAACGGAUGCCGAAAAUUGCCGAAAAGAAAAACGAUAAAUUGAGUGAGAUACGACUUGCAUCUGAUGGACAUUCACGUUCAGUGGCGUUAAAGCUGGAAAUUGAAGAAUUCGAGAUCAAUGUCUCUGAUCACGUAGCUCCUGGUUGCCAAGCAACUACAAGUCCAAAACUUUCGGGUCCUCGCUGUGGUUAUCGACCGAGCCUUUCGUUGUCACCAACGAUUUCGUCCACGCAUCGAAAAGGCAUUCAACGCGACUUUGUUCAAGGUCUUGGCUCGGACUUUCAGCUUGAUCUCCAUACUGGUAGCACAGAUCGAUUAGAGCGUUCGUACGAUUUGUCGGCGUCAGGAACAUUUGACACUGUGGGGUUUCAGAUCAGACAGACAGGCCUCACUCGAUCCCCCGAGAAUCUGCCGAGCACAUUAUCCGACAGACCACAGCAGCCAUCCAAUACAAAAAAACACUUGGUUAAGCUUGGAAUUCUUGGACGUGGAGCGAGUGGCGUCGUGCACAAGGCUCUGCAUGUUCCUUCUCUUAUGCUCGUUGCUGUCAAGGUUAUCCCAGUAUUCGAGUAUGACAAACGUCAUCAACUUACCGCAGAGCUUACCGCUCUAUACAAUAAUUUGGCGACUUUGCCGGGUGCCGAAGCUGUCGAAACACCACGGCAAAGUGUGGCGUGCCCGGAGCUUGUGUGUUUGUAUGACGCUUUUAUGAACCCGAACGAAGGUAAUGUCUCAAUUGUCGUCGAGUAUAUGGAUGGGGGCUCUCUUCAGGACAUCGUAGACACUGGUGGAUGUACCAACGAAGUCGUAUUAGCCAAUAUUUCAUUUCGCGUUCUCAAGGGACUUGCUUUUCUUCACAACACGCAUCAACUUCAUCGUGAUAUCAAACCUAGCAACUUGCUGAUCAAUCAUUUUGGAGAUGUCAAAGUGUCGGAUUUUGGUAUUGUUCGUGAAAUGGAAAAUUCUCUCGCCAAAGCAACGACAUUUGUGGGAACACUCACUUACAUGUCACCAGAGCGAAUUGCUAGUGAGGAAUACUCUUACAAGUCAGACGUCUGGUCUUUUGGUCUUUCGAUCAUGACUUGUGCUCUCGGCAAGUUCCCGUAUCUAUCACGAGGUGGGUACUGGGAAAUGCUUCACAUGAUUCGCAAUGAGCCGCCACCUCAACUUCCCGAAGGCGAAUUUUCAGACCUUUUCUGUGACUUCUUGGCGAAGUGUUUAACGAAAGAUCAGACGGAGCGAUGGAGUGUAAAGAAACUUCUUGAGCACGAGUUCAUUCAGCGGCACUGUGGUAACGAAAAAGCUGUAGAUUGCGCAAACGAGAAUGACACGAAGAGUAUCGAAGAUGACAGGAAAGAACAAUUGGAAGUGGACGAAAUCGUGCGCAAGGUUGCUGAACACUACGCUAAAGAUGCAAAAGAGCUUAUAAUUGAACACGGAUACACUCUCAGUGACGUCGUGACGUGGCUUCAGCUCCUACCAACCAUGCAGAAAGGCAAGCUAUUACGAUUUGCAGAGCAGAUCGGAGCUAAUCGUUUAAUGGUAUGCGCCAAGUUCCAAGAAGCUAUGAACGAACUACUCCAUGAUAUUGAACUGACUUAUUUCAACGAUGCUGAGAAGCAGUUUAAAUGA